AUGGUAGCAGUUAUUGAAAAAACGAGACUGAAAACUAAUUUCUGUCUGAUGAACAAAGUGCUACAAAUAGACUCUACUUUGAUAGACACAAUAAAGCAAGAUAAUUUAUUUUCCAACAAGCUCCUUAGCGCGUUAACAAAAAAAAAAGGUAGCUCUAGUCCCAGCACGUGGAUUGUUUGCCUAAAAAAUGUGAAUCGACAAAUUAAAUAUCUGUGUAAAGGUUGCAACCUGUUUGACAUUAUCAAAGGGCUUCAAAAGGAAAUUAUUGAUCUUAAAUCCGAAAUCACUGAAAUAAAGAAAUCAACAAAAACGCAAGGUGAAUUAGCAAAUGAAACUGAUGAGGUUCAUUGUCAAGGUAAACGUAUUUUUACUGAUGAUCAAUUGCUGGAAGAGUUUGAGGAAAGAGGAGGAGGAGUGUUGAUAGCUGUCAACAAUAAAAUGAACGUAAAAAAUAUUAAUCUACCUAACUCUCCAAACAAUAUUGAAAUUAUCGUGAUAAAAGUGAUUAUAUAUGAUAAAAUACUGUCAGUUUUAGUUGUCUAUGUGCUUCCAGCUUCUUCCUGCGCAAAAUACAUGGAACUAUUUAAGUAUCUUGAGCAAAAUAUUGACUUUGAUCAUCCUGUAAUACUCGCAGGUGAUUUCAAUAUUACUGAACUUACUAAUUGUUUAUCGGGAGCAAAAUCAACUUGUUUUUAUAAUACUUAUGCUCACUUUAUAAAUUUAAAUAACAUCGCACAACAUAACAAUAUUCUGAAUGCCAAUGGUAGAAUUCUGGACUUAAUUAUUACUACAAAUCACAUCUCUGCAGAAAUAAGGAGGCACGAGGAACCACUAGUCAUUAAGGAUUUGCACCAUCCUUGCCUUGAUAUUAUCGUUCCUCUGAGUGAGACCAAUAAACCAAAUUUUGACCAGAAAGAUCAUUUUGUAUUCAACUUCCGUAAAGCUAAUCUACAAACCUUGUAUAUGGACUUAUUGAACAUAGACUGGACCUGUGUAUUGCAGUGCACUAAUGUUGAUAACGCUACAUAUCGCCUUUACCAACUUCUAAAUGAUGUGUUCUUACGGCAUAUACUACUACGUAAGUUAAGCUCAAAAAGUUACUAUCCGAUGUGGUAUUCUAAAACUGUCAUAGAUCUUAUUAAGAUGAAAAAAAGACACUGGAAUAAUUAUAGAAAAUCUGGACUACUAUACCAUUUACAUAAAUUUAAAGACCUUAGACGGAAAAUUAAACAUGCAUUGCGGCAAGAUUAUAUAAAUUUCAUUAAGAACUCUGAAAAUUCAAUGAAACAUGAUACUAAAAAAUUCUGGUCAAUGAUUAAUAUGAAGAAGAAAUGUAGUAGUAUACCAGGAAUUAUAAAUGAUGGAGAAAAGACGUUAACCUCGCCUCAAGAAAUAGUAGAUGCUUUCGCGCAACAGUUUGCUAGUGUUUGCAGUCGUGAUAACAUUGAUAAUUGCUGUGAUAUCAACUGUGAUACUGGUUCUGGGGCUUGCAAAUUCUGUGUGCGAGCAGAAUAUUAUGAAAUCUGUUAA